UAAAAUGCAAAGGAAGUCUACUCUUCUAUUGUUAGAAUAGCAUAACAAAACAAUGGUAACAAACAAUGUAGUAAUGAUAACAAUAACUGAUAAUAAUCAAUAAAUAUCACAUGUAGAAAGAAGUUAAACUAAAUACACAGAGAAGAUGGGUAGACUAGUAGGUUAUAUACUGUUACUUCUAUCAGCUGUACUAGUAGUAUCUACAUUGACUGGAUCUACUAACAAUUACUACAAUGUACCUACUGGAGUUAAAGAUUGUUCUGUUACUAAGAAAUUUGCUGAACUCACUAAUGCAUCAAUAACUCCUAAUCCAAUGAUACGUGGUAAAGAUUAUCAUAUACAAGGAACUUUUCACAAUAAGAAAACCAUACAGUGGGGUAUACUGCAUAUCACAUUGACACAUACUUUCAAGAGUUAUACUAAUAUUACUUUUAUUGAUGAGAAAUUAAAUUUAUGCGACUUCCUUGUUGAUUUAUUCAAUUUACAUUGUCCAAUACCACCAGGAAUAUAUCAGUUUAAUUAUACUGAUACAUGCAGAGUGCCUAGCUUCUUUUGGCCAGGUAGGUAUUAUGGCAAAGCUGCUGCAUACAAUGAGGAAGGAGAGGAAAUGGUGUGUCAAAUGGCAGAGCUUACUAUUAACUAAACAUUGAUAAUUUGAAUAAAUAGUGAAAGCAAAAUAAUGUAGUAUCGCACAAUAAGUUGUUCUUUCUCAACAAU